AUGAAGGGGGGACACGAGUUGGGGUCAACGACGGCAUGGCGAACGACAAGUGGCUACAACAAGAGACGGAUCGAGCUUGCCGCAUUGACAGAUGAGCUGAUGGUCCGGAAUUCCUUGAGAAGAGACACAGUCGUCGGCUUCCAAAUGCAACAACACAUCUUGCCUCCUUGUUGUCCCAGACCAGCGUGUGCGAUCACUUUCGAACGCCUUCCCUACAACUCCAGCGAGCUCGACGCUCGACUCGGUGCUUGCUUUGGGGCGGUUGCGAGAAACCCGAACAAAGAAAGCAAACUGCUGUGCAGGAAAGGAAGAGAAGGAAACGUGUUUGCUGGCCAUGAUCGUCGUCGACAAAAGAUCAGACGCCUCCUCUGCUCAAGAGACUUCAUCACUCCGACACCAAUACUCAACAACGAAAGCAACCUUCAAUACAUUCACAAUCUGUUUUAUAGCAGCUUUCCAAGCACUUCUCCCACACAGACGUCCUCGAACAUGGACGAAGCAUCGAUUCAGCGUGAGCAAGAGAGGGCCGAGCUUGAGCGAGAACGUCAGGAAAGCCGUUCCACUCUUCCCGGCCACAACGUAAUUCUUCCAGUCGCCCUUUCUUCCACCAACUACGAAUACCCAACAUCAUACCUUCGCACACAUCUCGACGAAGACCUCGACGACGAGGUGGAUAUACCGCCAUACCGGCCUCCGCCAAACUCAAUACACGAGAACGAUCAAGACGCUUCUGAGAACCUACACUUCCCAGAACUUGAUCCUAGACCAGGAAGACUUGUCAGAGCUCAAAACCUUGCCGACUACCGGCCUGUCGACCGCGCGCAGAGUCCUGCCAUCCUCGUCUCCCGAACCAGAGGCGAAGUUCCACACCACCAAUUCGCACUCCGACACGGCACCCGAGUCGAACUCCCAUACCACCUAUCCGCACCUCAAAACGACGCAAUGGAUCCCAACCAAGCCCGCCUCCACGCGCAGGCCGAUCGUCGAGCAGACCGCCUCCACAACUGGCGCACCGCACAACCAGCUCUGCAAGAUGCGUUCGUGACUGCGCUUCGAGCGUGGAAGGCAGGCAAUCCAGCCACCUACACCACCUUCGAGACCUUGAUGGAGAAUGCGGCACUCCUCUGCACAUCAACGGUCCGCGCCCACGACAUCAUGAUGUGGGGUCAGAAAACGCCCGUUGAGGUCAGAACUGCGCUCAAAGCGCUCACAACCCACUACCACGUGGAGGCAGUCUUGCGCAGAGCAUUGGUGGAGUCCGAGACCCGGACGAACAGCUGGAGUGGCCCAAACGAGCUCAGCCCCGAGGAGGACUUCGCGGCAUCAACUACAUCGGUCCAAAUCACGACCAACAACGUCACAUACAAGAUGCACUCGCAUUUUGGCCUUCGCCCAGGCGAUGUGACUCUCAACAUGAUCGACUGGGAUAUCACCCACCACCCAAGCCGCCGAGCCUUCCUCGUCAAGAUCCUCGCCUUCCUCGCGCUCUCGCGGGACCAUCUCGAGAGCUGCACCACUGGGUCCAGCCCUGACAGCAGGAUGAUGGAGGAUGCCGUGGACUUCAUCCAUGCUCUGGUCCUGAAGGUCUUCAACACUCUGCAGCCACUGGUGGUGACAUUCAACGCGCCAGACGUGACUUCCGCCGACAAGCGGUACCUUGUCGACACAGUGAAGGCUGCACAUACCCUUCGCACGCAACUCGACACCGACCUUCGCGUCAGAGACAUCCUCGAAGCGCGAGCAACGACGCGAGAUCUCCUUCUUGUUCUUGCCAUAAGGGAGCAGGAUCGUCCUGCCGGUCUGACCGGUCCUCUUCCGUUGACCGAUCAGACUGUCGGCAUGGCGUCUCGCAUCGAGCAAGCAGAGGUCACGUACGGGCCGAUCUUUGGGAACUGGCGGGUGAAGUGGGGGCGGUAA